AAAUUUAGUCAUUUUUUUUUUUAAUUUAAUCGAUAUGCUGAUUAGUUGUAAGUUAACGAUUGAAAAUAAAGUUCAUUCUGUGUUCAAAAUGGCGGGCUGUUAAUCCUUGUAUUGUUUUAAUUCUUUUGUUCUUUUUUUGUUCUGUUUGUGUGUUUAAUUAACGUUUUUGAUAAUGGAGAUUGAAAGAGUUGAUACUUCUGACUACAACGACGAAAAUGCUUCUUUAAAAUCUAGUGUUAAGUUUACAGAAUACUUCCAGAUGACAAUUAAACCACUUUUGGAAGAAGGAAAAGAUGGGGAGCUUAUUGAAUGGCUAAAGGAUAUUGGUUUAUUACGGCGAUCGCAAAAGUGUUCGAACCCUGAGUGCCAAGGAUCCAAGCCUAUGGAAUGGAAGAGAGCUAGGAUUGUUGACAAGUAUCACUGGUCAUGCCCCUUGUGCAAAAAAAAGGUUUCUAUUAGAAUGGAUUCUCCACUGGCAGAUUUUCAUUGUAGUUUUAAAAUAAUUCUGGACACAAUAAUCGCUUGGUGUGAUGGUAUUUCUCUUGAAGAAUAUACUAAAGAGAAUAAAAUGGUUAAAGGUGUAAUUGCCAAAAGAAUAUAUUCUACCUGUACAACUGUUGCUGAUUGGUAUAUGCAAACCCAUCCUGAUUUAUCUUAUCUUGGUGGGGAAAACUCUGUUGUCCUUGUUGACACUUUUCCUGAUGGUUGUAUGACAACAGUUCCCCACAACAAUAACUAUAGCAAGAGAAUACUUUGUAUGGCUGAUACUUCUCACAUGCCUGCUCGAAUUUGGACCCAAGUUAUUGAUAAAAGCCUGGAUUAUAACAGACUUCGUCAACUCGUGAAUGAUCAUGUUAGAGCAGGCUCAACUAUUGUUACCAGCCCUGGUCUGUAUCCUCUUCUUCAGGGCGCUAAAGGAAUGGCUGAAGUGAUCAGUGUUGAAGCUCUUAUGGCUUUGGAUCCUGUGGAUUAUCAGCGUUCACUUAAAAAUCUUGAAACUAUCUGGAAGACUACUGUGAGCGUUUGCCUUGAAGUACAAAAUAUGUCCUUGACAGAAACUGAACAAACCUUGCGGGAACUUCAAUGGAGGCAAGUCUUCCCCACUCCUCUUGCCCAGGUGCUGCACGAUUUAGCUGCACGUUCUGCUGUUGCGUAGCAAUCACUGGAAUCUUUCUCGGCAGUAUGGGGCCAGUGACUUCCUACAGAUAUGAUUGACAUUGUUAUUUUAUAUUUUACAGGCAGUUCAUUAAUCUAUAUCUACAAUUUUAUUCUAAUUAAACAUUCAUUGAUAAAGAUGAAAUCUGAGAUAGUCGUCAAAACUUGCCAAUUUUGCACUCAUCUAAGGUCGCUAGAAGUUCCUAUUAUUUCUACUACUUCUCAUUAGUUGUUCGAUAAGGAAAGGAAGAUUAGUGUGCAUUAAUUUUUGGUUUCAUCGUGAUUGAACUGUCUGAUAUUUGCAUUUUUUAUAAUAGCAAACUCAUACAUCACAUAUUAAUGUGUCCAUAAUUAUUAUUGUAAAACAGAGGUUGUUCUUUUAUCUGUAUUGUUUUAGCUAUGGUCAAAGAUCUUUCUGCUAUUCACUGAAAUUUGUUAGAUAUAUUCGUAUUUUUUUAAUGUGUUGAUAACCAUUUAUGAGGUGUGUUUUUAAGAUAAUAACCAAAUAUUGUUCUGUUAAGAUUGUUAUUUAAAUUAAGUAUUUUAUGAUCUUUUUUUUUUUAAAUACAUCACUUUUAAGAUUAAGUAAAAUAUAAAGAGGUAAAUUACAUGUCACUGAUUGGUUAUAUUUGUUAAAUGAUCGAUUUUAAAAAUUUUUAGAUAUGAAUUUGUCUAAUUUUGAUUUAAAGAGGA